GCCUGAAACAAAGUCAGCAGUUAGCAGUGGCCAUGGCACAGAGAAGCACCUAUUAGAUGCCUAGCGCUGGGCUGGGUGCAGUGAACUGGCAGACAAAGUCACAACUCAGCCCCAGCCCUCCAGACGCACAGGAUCUCUUUAGAGAAACUAAGCAUCAAGCAGUGUGGCAUCAUCAACAACUCGCUUGGUUGGGUAUGCUUUUGACAGAUGCCUGUUGCCUUGCAGGGCCCCCCAUGGGUACUUCAGGCCUCUCAAAUUACAAAGCUGCUUCACAAAACCUUCUUCGAAACCUGAACAAAGCCCAGGCCUCUCCCCACCAACCUUCAUCAGCAUUAGUAUUGACGGGACACUCCAAGGGGUCAAGCAGCCAAAUCACCUUUCCCUCCCCUCUCCUCACAGAGGCUCUCCAGGGCUACACUUGGACUCCACGAAACAACAAAGAGCUGCAAGCACAGAAGCAGCUUCAUAAGCAACAAGGCAGGUUGAAAAGACCGAGAACCAGGAAACACUGAGUCCAGAUGAUGUAGCCUAUGAAAUACAAGCCCCCGCAAAAGCUACUAUUCUCCAGAGCGUCACCAAGCACGGAGACCCCGAAAGAAAGCAACCCUCACCUUUGUUGGCCCUUACCACUGGCCUAAACCUCUCCCUCUUCCCUGGAAAGCCACUGUGGAAAGACCAAGUCUUAAGUAUGUGGGAUUCGGAAGGUGCAAGGCUACAGACUGCUCAGACAAGGCAAAGAAAGCUGCCUCAGCAGCACCCAAGCUGCAGAGAUGCACAAACACUCCCAAGGCCACAAGGUACCUGUGACACAGGGUGCCAGCCCUGCUGCUGCCUGUAGCAUCCUCAAAACUAAAUCGCAGCCAUCUCCCUGUGACAGAUUAGAAAAUGAAGACCUCGGCCUGGCCCAAGGUCACAGCCUGAGUGACAAGCCAGGGAAGGGGGCUGGGGAAGACACUCUGGCCCCAAGGCCCUUCUUUUUGUCGACUUUUCCACAUACAAGACAGACCAACCGAGCACUUGUCACGGGAGGACACCAAAGCAGACGGCCUGGCCACCAAGGGAGGCAGGCACCUCCGUGCGACGCCCCCUCCCCUCCCGCCGGCCGCAGGGAACGCGACGGUCCUCGGUCGCCUGCGUUUCGCGAAGACGCCCCCGCCCGGCUCCUCCGGGCCUCGAGCCGCGGGAGGCGCUGGACCCUCCGCUCUUUCGCCUCCCGAGCGGGGCCUGCUCCUCCAGGUCGGGACGACGUGGAGGCGGCGCCGGAGGAGACCCGCGCGCUCUACCGGGAGUACCGCACUCUGAAGCGUACCACGGGCCAGACCGGCGGCGGGCCCCGCAGCUCCGAGUCGCUCCCCGCGGCGGCCGAAGAGGCGCCAGAGCCCCGCUGCUGGGGGCCCCAUCUGAAUCGGGCUGCGACCAAGAGUCCACAGCCUACGCCAGGGCGGAGCUGCCAGGGCUCGGUGCCGGACUACGGGCAGCGGCUCAAGGCCAAUCUCAAAGGCACCCUGCAGGCCGGACCAGCCCUGGGCCGCAGACCCUGGCCUCUAGGAAGAUCCUCAUCCAAGACGUCCACCCCAAAGCCCCCAGGUACAGGGCCUGUUCCUUCCUUUGCAGAAAAAGUCAGUGAUGAGCCUCCACAGCUCCCUGAGCCCCAGCCAAGGCCAGGCCGGCUCCAGCAUCUGCAGGCAUCCCUGAGCCAGCGGCUGGGCUCCCUAGAUCCUGGCUGGUUACAGCGAUGUCACAGUGAGGUCCCAGAUUUUCUGGGGGCCCCCAAAACCUGCAGGCCUGAUCUAGGCUCAGAGGAAUCACAACUUCUGAUCCCUGGUGAGUCGGCUGUGCUUGGUCCUGGUGCUGGCUCCCAGGGCCCAGAGGCUUCAGCCCUCCAAGAAGUCAGCAUCCGUGCAGGGAGCCCCCAGCCCAGCAGCAGUGGAGGCAAGAAGCGGAGACGGAAUGAGGAGCCCUGGGGGAGCCCCGCACAGGUCCAGCAGGAGAGCAGCCAAGCUGGACCCCCAUCAGAGGGGGCUGGGGCUGUAGCACUUGAGGAAGACCUUCCAGGGGAACCUGUACAGGCACAGCCACCUCAGCCCUGCAGCAGCCCAUCGAACCCCAGGUACUACGGACUCAGCCCCUCCAGUCAAGCUAGGGCUGGGAAGGCUGAGGGCACAGCCCACCUGCACAUCUUCCCUAGGCUGGCCCGCCAUGACAGGGGCAAUUACGUACGGCUCAACAUGAAGCAGAAACACUACGUGCGGGGCCGGGCACUCCGUGGCAGGCUCCUCCGCAAGCAGGUAAGACAGCGACGGGCCAGGACAGGCAUUCCCUUUCCCUCCCCUCAGCCCUCCUGUAUUUCCCGCCCAGUGACCCUCCUAUGUGGGCACCCCCCAGGCAUGGAAGCAGAAGUGGCGGAAGAAAGGGAAGUGUUUUGGGGGGGGUGGUGCCACAGUCACAACCAAGGAGUCUUGUUUCCUGAACGAGCAGUUCGAUCGCUGGGCAGCCCAGUGUCCCCGGCCAGUGAGGAAGACACAGACCCUGUUGGGCCUGAGCCACUGGUUCCUUCACCACAACCUGUACCUGAGGUGCCCAGCCUGGACCCCACCGUGCUGCCACUCUACUCCCUGGGGCCCUCAGGGCAGCUGGCAGAGACGCCGGCUGAGGUGUUCCAGGCCCUGGAGCAGCUGGGGCACCAAGCCUUUCGCCCUGGGCAGGAGCGUGCAGUCAUGCGGAUCCUGUCUGGCAUCUCCACGCUGCUGGUGCUGCCUACAGGUGCCGGCAAGUCCCUGUGCUACCAGCUCCCGGCGCUGCUCUACACCCGGCGCAGCCCCUGCCUCACGUUGGUCGUCUCUCCCCUGCUGUCACUCAUGGAUGACCAGGUGUCUGGCCUGCCACCAUGUCUCAAGGCGGCCUGUAUACACUCAGGCAUGACCAGGAAGCAACGGGAAUCUGUCCUGCAGAAGAUUCGGGCAGCCCAGGUACAUGUGCUGAUGCUGACACCUGAGGCGCUGGUGGGGGCGGGAGGCCUCCCUCCAGCCGCACAGCUGCCUCCAGUUGCUUUUGCCUGCAUUGAUGAGGCCCACUGCCUCUCCCAGUGGUCCCACAACUUCCGGCCCUGCUACCUGCGCGUCUGCAAGGUGCUUCGGGAGCGCAUGGGCGUGCACUGCUUCCUGGGCCUCACAGCCACAGCCACACGCCGCACUGCCAGUGACGUGGCACAGCACCUGGCUGUGGCUGAAGGGCCUGACCUCCAUGGGCCAGCCCCAGUUCCCGCCAACCUGCACCUUUCCGUGUCCAUGGACAGGGACACAGACCAGGCACUGUUGACGCUGCUGCAAGGCAAACGUUUUCGAAACCUGGAUUCCAUUAUCAUUUACUGCAACCGGCGCGAGGACACAGAGCGGAUCGCUGCGCUUCUCCGAACCUGCCUGCACGCAGCCCGGGUCCCAGGGUCUGGAGGUGCGGCAUGGACAGAGCUGGUGUCCCCAUGGACCCACCUUGGGCACACAUGGUCCUAUCCCACUGACCAUCUGCCUGUCUUCCCCAAAGGUCAUGCCCCCAAAACCACGGCUGAGGCCUACCACGCGGGCAUGUGCAUCCGGGAACGGCGGCGGGUACAGCGAGCCUUCAUGCAGGGCCAGUUGCGGGUGGUGGUGGCCACGGUGGCCUUUGGGAUGGGGCUGGACCGGCCAGAUGUGCGGGCUGUGCUGCAUCUGGGGCUGCCCCCAAGCUUCGAGAGCUACGUGCAGGCCGUGGGCCGGGCCGGGCGUGACGGGCAGCCUGCCCACUGCCACCUCUUCCUGCAGCCCCAGGGCGAAGACCUGCGAGAGCUGCGCAGACACGUGCACGCCGACAGCACGGACUUCCUGGCUGUGAAGAGGCUGGUACAGCGCGUGUUCCCAGCCUGCACCUGCACCUGCACCAGGCCACCCUCGGAGCAGGAAGGGGCCGUGGGUGGGGAGAGGCCUGUGCCCAAGUACCCCCCUCAAGAGGCUGAGCAGCUUGGCCACCAAGCAGCCCCAGGACCCAGAAGGGUCUGCAUGGGCCAUGAGCGGGCACUCCCAAUACAGCUUACCGUACAGGCUUUGGACAUGCCGGAGGAGGGUGAGGAACCUGGGGUAAGCCACAGGGGUGUGGAGGGGCUGUCCCCGCGUCCCCUGAGCCCUGCUCUGCCCCCAGCCAUUGAGACUUUGCUGUGCUACCUGGAGCUGCACCCACACCACUGGCUGGAGCUGCUGGCGACCACCUAUACCCAUUGCCGUCUGAACUGCCCUGGGGGCCCUGCCCAGCUCCAGGCCCUGGCCCACAGGUGUCCCCCUUUGGCUGUGUGCUUGGCCCAGCGGCUGCCUGAGGACCCAGGGCAAGGCAGCAGCUCCGUGGAGUUUGACAUGGUCAAGCUGGUGGACUCCAUGGGCUGGGAGCUGGCCUCUGUGCGGCGGGCUCUCUGCCAGCUGCAGUGGGACCACGAGCCCAGGACAGGUGUGCGGCGUGGGACAGGGGUGCUUGUGGAGUUCAGUGAGCUGGCCUUCCACCUUCGCAGCCCGGGGGACCUGACCGCUGAGGAAAAGGACCAGAUCUGUGACUUCCUCUAUGGCCGUGUGCAGGCCCGGGAGCGCCAGGCCCUGGCCCGUCUGCGCAGAACCUUCCAGGCCUUUCACAGCGUAGCCUUCCCCAGCUGCAGGCCCUGCCUGGAGCAGCAGGAUGAGGAGCGCAGCACCAAGCUCAAGGACCUGCUCGGCCGCUACUUUGAGGAAGAGGAAGAGCAAGGGCAGGAGCCGGGAGGCAUGGAGGAUGCACAGGGCCCCGAGCCAGGGCAGGCCAGACUCCAGGAUUGGGAGGACCAGGUCCGCUGCGACAUCCGCCAGUUCCUGUCCCUGAGGCCAGAGGAGAAGUUCUCCGGCAGGGCUGUGGCCCGCAUCUUCCACGGCAUCGGAAGCCCCUGCUACCCGGCCCAGGUGUAUGGGCAGGACCGACGCUUCUGGAGAAAAUACCUGCACCUGAGCUUCCAUGCCCUGGUGGGCCUGGCCACGGAAGAGCUCCUGCGGGUGGCCCGCUGACUGCACUGCGUUGGGGGAUGUCGGGUAGAGCUGGGGUUGUCAGAGGCUAGGGCAGUGACUGAGGACCUGGGCAAAACCUGCCACAGGGUGUGGGAACGAGGAGGCUCCAAAAUGCAGAAUAAAAAAUGCUCACUUUGUUUUUA